CUUCAGUAUAGUCCGCACGGAUCGCGCCUCAGCCUGCGCCCGCGCCUCUAGCCCGCCCACUGGCGCGUUCACGAACUUGCUCUCAUUUCAGCUACAGUUUUUUAAGUGUAGUGUCACUUGUUUUUUGGAAGUUUGUCGCGCUUGAAAUGGGGACGCGCGCGUUGCUGCUGUGUGCGUGGCUCGCGAUGGCCACGGCCAGUUUAGAAGUGGUGAACCAGUGGAGCUUCCUGCAGUUCGACUUCCCACCGGACCCGGUGCUGCUGGAGAAGUUCCAGCCGGAGAACACCGUGCCCACUGGGCUGGAGAUCGGGUGGGAUAGGCUGUACCUGGGCAUCCCCAGGUUAAGGGCCGGGGUGCCCGCGACACUGGCCUGGGUGCCCAGAAGUCUACCGCCUGGUGUCAGUCCUGUUCUGCAGGCGUACCCCGACUGGUCGUGGCACUCGGCGGGGCGCGGCGACAUCAACUGCACGGGUCUGAUCUCCGUGUACCGGAUCCGCGCGGAUCGCUGCAACCGGCUGUGGGUGCUCGACUCGGGCGUGGUCACCAGCCUCGACGACUUCCGUCGCGUCUGCCCGCCCAAGAUACUCAUUUUUGACAUGGCUACUGAUCGACUGGUGAGGAGUGUGUACUUCCCUCGCGAGCUGCUGCGGCCGAGCUCGCUGCUCACCAACCUGGUGCUGGACGACACGCGCUCCUCCUCGCCCCGCCUCUCUGCCGCCUGCGACAAUAUCUUCGCAUACAUCACCGAUACUGUCGCCCCAGGUAUAAUAGUAUACGACGGGCGUCGCGACAACGCGUGGCGAGUGACGCAUGCGUCCAUGUACCCGGACCCGGACCUGGGGGAGUACGACAUCGGCGGAGACAGGUUCACUCUCAUGGACGGCAUCGUCGGCCUCACGCACUCGCCCGCACAGGGCUUGGUGUACUACCAGCCUUUGGCCACUGACAGACUAUUCAGUGUAUCAACGGCAGUGUUAGCCGCGGGUCCCCCCGCCGAGGGCACGGACCUGCCUGUGAACCUGGUGGGCCGCAAGUCGUCGCAGGGCCUCGGCAUCGCUGUGGACCCUCGCGAUGACACCAUCAUCUUCAGUCCCAUCGCCGAAACCGCCAUCGCCGCGUGGAAUCCUAUCGCUAACACUCACAAAGUGUUGGCCCAAGACCCUGAGAAACUGCAGUUCUGCGCGGAGGUGCGAUGGGCAGAACGAGACAACGGCGCAGUCUGGGCUCUCUCCACUCGGUUCCACAAGUUCUUCAAGAGAUCAGUUUCAAAGCACGAGAUCAACGUGCGUAUAGUACGCGUAGUGGAGAGCGGGUUCGUCUCACUACAACCACACGUGUUGCGUCGCGCUGCUGGGCGAUUCAACGCCACUCGCUAUUGAAGAGCUCGUCUCAAAUGAACCUUCAAAUUAGCCGCUUUAUGUCGCGCUGCUGUGCUGCAGCACAAUUACAGCAGUAUAAUACAAAGCGGCUAGUUAGUUAGUGGAUAAGGAUCGCAACGCAAAGCUCAAAGAGGUGGUGUUACUAUGGUCACAUAUCGUCGGGGAUAGUUGAAUAACUUGAUUUAAUAUCCCCAGUUUUCGUACCUAAAUUUUUAAAAUUGUAAUGUGUUAAAAACUUUUGUAACAGAAAUAGCUCUGUAUACAUCUGUUUAAGUAAAUUAUGAAUUAAAUAUAACCGAAUUUUGCCACAGCUGUUGUUGACUCAGUGUUAGCUAUUGCUUCUUUGUUGUCUUGGUUUUUAUAUAAGUACAGAUCAAACAUAAGAUUCUUGCGUUUGAGAUGGUUUAUAUUUAACGUAAUGAGAAUAGGUACAUAACAAGUAAGCAAAGGAGGAUAACAGUCUCUUUAGGGAGAGUAAAAGAGAGAGCUAUGGUAGCGCCAUCUGCAUCAAGCCUUUACUACAAUACUAUCGUGAAACAUUAUGGAUUUCUCUUUGUUUCUCAGAUGAGAUUUAAAGAGAGAUGCAGUGUCUCACAGGAGGUGGUCGCUUUGCGUUGCUGGUCCUGUAAGUUUCACGUCGUAAAACGACUAUCUUGAAGCAUUGAGGAUAAAAACUGCCUAUUUCUCCCAUUAUGUGUCCCCACUGUUGAGUGUUAUUAAAUUUUGACAGUCCCCCAUACUAUUUGGGUAAACAAACACAUUGUUUUGCAGCGUUUAACUGCAAAAUAAUAGUGUUAUAUUUAUUCCGUAAAGAUCGAAAGGAAGAACAUUUAGAAAAACUUAUUUUCAAUCAAAUGUGCCUUUUUCCAACUGGCUGCUUUUCUUUUUCGUAACUCAUGCUUCAGAUGGGAUACACUCUACGCUGCUCCAGAUAUUAAAGCAAUUUAUCACGACAAUAUGGAGAAAUGUCAAAAUUUAAGAACACUCAGCAUUGGUGCCGCCUACAUUUGAGCUUCUAGUUUUUAUCCUCAUUCAGAGUUGGCUCCAUUUUACGUUACUGGAGGUUUCACGGUGCUUUUAUAAAGCCAGGUCAAUGAAACUCAUCCUUUAACAAGAUAGUCUCUACGUGUGGAAUUGAAUUAUCUAAAAAAAACUUAUAUUAAAUUAGGAAAUUACAAAAUUUUGCGGUCUCACACUAUAUGCUAUUAAUUUAUUUGUCUUCAAAAAUUGUACGUCUAUGUAAAUAUUAUUCCAUUGAAGUCAAACAAAAUCAUUAUUAGGAAUGCCAUUUUAGUUUUAAGAUAACUGAUUAGAGGCGACCGUAGUAACCAAAUAUAUUAUAUUGACGCUUGUUCUAUGAUCUGAGAUUUUUCGUAAACCUUUGUCUAUCAACCUUUGACUUCUUUCUUAAAUUAAAUUUUGCAGAUACAAAAACUCUAAAUUAGGCACGAGGUAUACCAAAACAUCGCGACUAGUCCAUUGUGUUCACGAUUUUCACUUGUGUACAUACAUUUUCUUGUAAUAGAAAUAUAAUAGCGCUAAACGUGCAAAGCGAGUUAUAAUUCUUAUUAUUCUCGAAGCUACGCUAAUUUGUGCCACAAUAUACCAAUGAAGAAAACAUUGUUGCUGAAAAUAUAUUAUGUUUUUCUACUUUUAUAUACUGUUUCUACGUUAGUAUAUAGGUUGUAGUGGAUAUAAUGUUAAAAGGAAAUAGCUAAACAAAGUUGUAUCAAACAUUACGAGUGGGGUUACAAGAAUGCUUAGAAUCUAUUUCUCAUUAUCAUUAUAUGCGAAGUAAUGUAACUUUAUAACAUUUGUCUAUAUAUUGUGAAUGUUCAUAUCGUAAACUAAGAGACAGUAACUGAUGUGUAGGUAUAAUGAUAUUUGUGGAUGUGAAAAUUAUGACUAAACUCAAUUACUUAGUGAAACAUUUUGUUCACUUGUGUAUCUAAGUUAUUUGUAUGCAUGUCUGUCGAUUAUAAAGUAUGUCAGUUUAUAUAUUUAUUUUAUAUAAAAUUAUGACAUAUCUGCGUAAAAGUUAGUUACUUCAUUCAACGCAAAAACGAGCUCUUAACAUUACCACAUACCUUUAUUUACGUAACUACAUUAAAUACAAUAUUGAAUUUUGUAUUUUUAUUAAAAAAGCUGUAAGAAUUGAAA